UUGGAAGUACCAAGUAGUUGAUUGUUGUGGAGGUGGUGAAUUUAUUUAAUUUUGGGUGAAGUUGAAAGCUCUUUUACGCCUGAAGUAACACUUCCCUCCGGCCUCCGAUGUCCUUUUGGCACCAUUUUUUCUCACUUUUUCUGGGCCCAACCAUAGAAGUACACACACACAUGCUGCAUUAACUUCUGUCACAUUGCUUUCAACCAGACAGGGUGAAAGAAACUCAAAUGGAAACACCACUGCACCGCCCAUAGCUGUUCUCUUCAUUACACAACCGACACACCUAUACAUACACAUAUAUAUAAAUAUAUAGAGAGAGAAACAUAGAAGAGAGAGAUCUGUAGAACACCACCUAAUGGAUACGCUAAAGCCAAGCCCUCCAAAUUCUUGUCCUCUAACCCCUUUAACUUUCCUGGAAAGAGCUGCGAUAGUGUACGGCGAGUGUCCAUCUUUGGUGUACAACACCACCACGUACACGUGGUCGCAAACCUACUGUAGAUGCCUACGACUGGCUUCGUCCAUUGCAUCACUCGGCAUCAAGAGAGGCCACGUGGUCUCCGUGGUGGUCCCCAAUAUUCCCGCCAUGUACGAGCUCCAAUUCGCCGUCCCUAUGACCGGUGCAGUACUCAACAACAUCAACACCCGUCUUGACGCCCGCACCAUCUCCAUACUCCUCCGUCACAGCGAAUCAAAGCUCGUCUUCGUUGACUCUCUCUUUCUCUCUAUAGUCAACGAAGCCAUUUCCUUGUUCCCGCCAAACAUCAAACCUCCGAUACUCAUUCGUAUUGCAGACGCUGAUGUUGCACCAUCGAUCACCACCGUUGAUUCGGUUUAUGGUAGUUACGAAGGUUUAGUGGAGAGUGGUGAUCCUGGGUUCAAGUGGGCCCGUCCGGAGAGUGAGUGGGACCCAAUGACUCUGAACUACACGUCUGGGACGUCCUCUUCUCCUAAAGGGGUGGUGCAUUCUCACCGUGCGAUCUUCAUCAUCACCGUUGAUUCUCUGAUCGACUGGUCCGUACCGAGACACCCCGUGUACUUGUGGACCCUACCCAUGUUCCACUCCAAUGGGUGGAGCUUUUCGUGGGGAAUGGCCGCUGUUGGCGGGACCAACAUUUGUCUCCGCAAAUUCGACGCCGCCGUCGUCUACGACGGAAUCCGGCGACACCGGGUCACACACAUGUGCGGUGCGCCGGUGGUGCUCAACAUGCUGGCAAACACUCCUUCCGCGGAGCAUUUAGAAAACCCAGUUCAUUUCCUGACCGGUGGAGCGCCGCCGCCAGCGGCGGUGCUCCUCAGGACCGAGUCACUGGGUUUUGUGGUGAGUCAUGGGUAUGGUUUGACGGAGGUGGCUGGGGUGGUGGUGUCGUGCGCGUGGAAGCCGAGCUGGAAUCGGCUUGCGGCAAGGGAGAGGGCGAGGAUGAAGGCUAGACAGGGGGUGAGGACGGUAGGGAUGACGGAGGCGGACGUGGUGGACCCCGAGUCAGGAGUGAGUGUGAAGCGAGACGGGUUGACUCAGGGUGAGAUCGUGCUCAGAGGAGGGUGUGUCAUGCUGGGUUAUCUGAAAGACCCAGAAGGGACCUCCAAAUGCAUGAGAGAAAAUGGGUGGCUCUACACAGGAGAUGUUGCAGUGAUGCACCCAGAUGGGUAUUUAGAGAUCAAAGAUCGAUCCAAGGACGUAAUCAUAACCGGCGGCGAGAAUGUGAGCAGCGUGGAGGUGGAAUCAGUACUCUACUCGAAUGCUAUGGUGAAUGAGGCGGCGGUGGUGGCUCGGCCGGACGAGUUCUGGGGCGAGACACCUUGUGCUUUUGUAAGCUUGAAGGUGGGGAUGAGAGAGAAGAAGACGGAGGAGAGAGAGAUAAUAGAGUUCUGUAGAGCUCGAUUGCCUCGUUACAUGGUUCCAAAGUCUGUGGUGUUCAUGGAGGAGCUUCCCAAGACAGCCACCGGGAAGAUCAAGAAGUUUGUGUUGAGAGAGAUUGCAAGGGGUAUGGGUUCUUUACAAACGAGUAAAAUGUAAAGAGUGUUCAAACCAGUAUUAUGGUUUUUAGUGUCUUUUUACAUGGAUUAAUUGGUAAAAUGUGUGAUAGUGUGUAUAUGAAUAAUUAAUUAACCAACUUGUAAGUUGAUUCUUGCAAAAGGUCUUUACAAAUUGGUUGGUUUGUUAUUCUAUAAAAUUUUUAUUGUCAGUAAGGUUGGUUUGUUAUCUAUAAAAUUUUUAUUGUCAGUAAGGAAGGGAUGACAAUUUUUA